AUGGCUGCCGUUGCAGAGAACGGUCACCUCCCGGUGAACGACGAGAAUGCCGCACUUUCGGCCACCACGGCCGCGGAGACAGAACAGACUGAGAAGACCAGCGGCGACUCCAUCACCGUAUUCCACGAUCCCGAUAACUUCAACGUGAAGCACCCUCUCAUGCACGACUGGACUCUUUGGUUUACCAAGCCCCCCAGUGGCAAGGGCGACAACAACUGGAACGAUCUUCUGAAGGAGGUUGUUACAUUCAACUCGGUUGAAGAAUUCUGGGGCAUUUACAACAACAUUACACCGACUUCCGAACUUGGCCUCAAAGCAGACUACCACCUAUUCAAGAAAGGCAUCCGGCCAGAGUGGGAGGACCCCCAAAACAAGCACGGUGGCAAGUGGUCAUAUUCGUUCAGAGAUAAGCGCUCGGUCCCCAUCGACGAGUUGUGGCUGCACGCACAGUUGGCUGCUAUCGGUGAGACUCUGGAGAGCGACGGUGAUAGCGAAGUCAUGGGUGUCGUCGUGAAUGUCCGCAAGGGUUUCUACCGUGUUGGUCUCUGGACAAGGACGGUUGGCAAGAGCAUUCCUGGAGACAAGAACGGACGCACGCCCGCCCAGGGCAAGGACGUUCUCGAAUCCAUCGGUCGACGAUUCAAGGAAGUUCUCCGCCUUAACCCUGCUGAUGUGGUAGAGUUCUCCGGACACACCGACAGUGCGCACAGCGGCAGCACAAGGGCCAAGGCCAAGUACAGCGUUUAA